GACACCUAAGGUUCCUACCGGCUGCUUCCACAUUUUGCAGGAUGUUGGAAAGCACAGAUGAUAUUUGACUGCUUUGGCGCUUCAGAAAUUGGAUACAGUUGCUGGUAGAUUGUCAUGUGAGGAUGUCUUCAUUAGUGGCCUAUGAGGACUCUGAGUCUGAGGAUGAUUCUUUGGAUCAAAAAGAGGGAGGAGGAUCCGCUUCUGUCCAAACUGAGUCUUGUGAACAGGCAAAAGACAACCAAGAAGUCAAGGGAAGUGAUUUUUUUGAGGUAACGCCAAACCCUCGCAUCUUCACAUCUGACCCUGACAAGACAAUGUUGGAAUCACAACCACCGCAAAGCUGCUUUGGCAGGGAAGAUAAAUAUUUUAGAGCAACUGCAGCUCCUCUCAGUUUAUCUGGUACUCAGGGGAAGCACCCAUCACUGCGGACUCUUCCUCACAUGGCACAAAGCUUUGGUGAUGGGUCAAACACAGCAAAAAGACCUCACACUGUCAAACCUGGUGUCAAACCAUACAUUCCCAAGAGACAGAGACUUUUCACUUCAUUAGAGAAAGGAGACACAAAGUAUAUGGCUGAGCAAGCCCCAGAGACUCAGACCAGGGACAGCCAAAUUCUCUCAGAUGUGUCGCCAAAAGUGAAGCCAUAUCUUCCUCACAAGCCAGGAGCUGCAGGGAUACCGAGGAGGCUUCUGAUGAGCCUGGGAGGCCACCAGGGCCCGGUAAACACAGUGCAGUGGUGUCCAGUACCUCAUCUCAGUCAUCUGCUGCUGUCUGCCUCCAUGGAUAAGACGUUUAAGGUGUGGGAUGGAGUAGAGAGCGGUCGAUGCCUGAGGGUUUACACCUGCCAUUCAGGAGCCGUGCGAGAUGCUUGUUGGACCCCCUGCGGGCGAAGACUCCUCACUGGCUCAUUUGACAACACUGCUGUGAUCACAGACGUAGAGACAGGGCAGCGAGUAGUGAAAUUGGACAACGAAUUCAAGGUGAUGUGUGUGGCCUUACAUCCCAGCAACCCUGAGAUAUUCCUGACUGGAGGUUACAGUUCAACAGUUAAAGCCUGGGACUCUCGCAGCAGCAAGAUGGUGGCAGUGUACAAAGCAGGAAUCCAGCAGACCUUGGACAUUCUGUUUCUGAGAGGUGGUGCGGACCUCAUAACAAGCUCUGACUGCGUGAGCAGAGACUCUGCGGACCGCACCCUCAUCGCCUGGGACUUCCAGACCACAGCCAAGGUCUCCAACCAGAUCUACCAUGAGCGGUACACAUGUCCAACCUUGGCUCUACAUCCGCUGGAGGAGUCCUUCGUUGCCCAGACCAAUGGGAACUACAUUGCAGUGUUCUCCUCCCAGCAGCCCUAUAGGAUGAACAAGAGGCGGCGAUACGAAGGACACAAGGUGGAGGGGUACGCGGUGCAGUGCGAGUUCUCUCUGGAUGGAACUAUGCUGGCCUCCGGGAGCUCCACCGGCUCCGCUCACUUCUACGACUACCAAAACACUCGUAUGCUGCACACCCUCCUCGCUCACAGCCAGCCCUGCCUGUGUGUGUCUCAGCAUCCUGUCCUGCCUGCGACUGCAGCCACUUGUGACUGGGCAGGCGAGAUCAAGAUCUGGCACUGACAACUCUGAAUGUGAAUACAGACUUUAAAAGUUAUAAGAAGCAACAGAUUGGCCAAAUGAGAUGGAAGACUGUAUUAAACUGGAAACUCACGAGCACAUUCAUUUUCGAGACUUUACCUCCCAUAAUCUCCCAUGAUCUCUAAGCAUGAAUCCAGGGUGACGUUUCAGCAUGAAACAUAUAUUUUACUCUGCUCUGUGAGCAACAGAUCUGCCCAACACCUUUCAGCAUCACCUACACACUGCAUUUACAGGGUUACUUCAACACAUAAAUAUACAGUAUAUCUGUACAUAGAUCCAUCAGAAAUACAUAAUAUACACUCUUAACAAAUAUUUACACACCCAAAUAUAAACCUAGUAAAUAUAUUACACACAUAAAUACAUUACAGUAAAACCAAACCCCUUUCCCGCUUAUUGUUACCCUCCUGGAACUAUUAAAAGGUGUGUGAGCCCCCAGGAGUUCUUACCCAAGCACCCUGGGAAAAGGAUGACAUGCAGAGAGGCGACCGACAAAGUGGAACAGCCAAGCGUCCCAGCUGUCAAACAUCAGACUCAAACGAACUGCAAUACACCAUCAAUCAAUCAAUAAAUACAUUUGUUCAAGUUA